CGCUUUCAGAUAAUAUAAAGUGUCCAUAAAUCCACAAUCGCAUUUUCAACACAAAAGAUAGUUGCAUUGGAUAUCAUCGUUAAAUGAGGCACAGUGUAUGAUCAUCAUCACGCGAUUGUGACUGAAAAGCUAGAUACAAACCAGAUCAAUAUCAUAGAAGCAACGAAUACACAUGCAGUGGCAAUCUUUGGGUAUCCUUUCUGGGGUAAAUUAUUCUGCUGAGGGCACCCGCACCAGAACCCAGAGAUGGAGUCCCAAGUGUUGUUAAGGCCAAAACACACGAAUAAAAGUGAACAAAGACCAAGAGAUGUGAUAUCGAUAAUAAAUGAAGGAUUCUCCUUUGACAAUCGUGGAGCAGCGGGCACAGAUUCAACAGUUGGUGAGAUUGAAGGACCCAUAAGCAUGAUAAUCGAAGAACAAAACCAGGACACAGAUGACAAUUGCGGACCAGUUAAUAAAGAGUCACUUAAUGAUCAGGCUUCAGGAACUGAAGAGUUCGGAAAAUGUGCAGAAUGUGUUAAAGCUGUGCCCGUUUUUGCACAUAAUGAAAUUAAUGUUGGCGAUCAUAUUACUUUUUAUGGAAGACUGUAUGAUCACCACGCGAUUGUGACUGAAAAGCUUGAUACAAAUCAGAUCAAAAUCAUUGAAGCAACAAAUACACAUGCAGGGUCAAGUUCAAGGUCUUUUUUCUGGGGAAAAGCUUUUAUCGAGGAAACUGUGAAGACGCUUGAUUUCGCACACGAGAGAAUUAAUGUUGUUGUUUAUCAAAAUCGCAAGUUUACAAAGGCAGAGGUAGCAUGCCGGGCGAGAGAAUAUUAUCAACAACAAAAAGGAACACGCGAUUUUAACUACAAUGUUUUUCGAAAUAACUGUGAACAUUUUGCGACGAAAUGCGUUACCGGCAAGCCCUUCAGCAUACAAGUAGUAAAAGUCCGGAUGGUGGUAAAACUGUUUCUAAGCAGAGGUUUUAUGGGAAUAAGCGAUGAAAGGAUGCGCAACACGAAACUGUUCGAGAAAAACUUCAUAUGUAGUAAUUGUAAUGAGAUGAACACACGUCUCCUGAGCGUGAGCGUCGAACAAAUAUGGUCAGCAGAUGACGUAAAAGGUGGUGACGUCAUCAGAUAUACGUAUUACCUUUUACACCACGAGGCAGUCGUUUUGAAAACGAACGGCGUUGAUAGAUCAUCAGUCAAAGUCAGCAUUGCGCAUUACGCUUUUCGCGGAUUUUUUAAGUACAGAAAGAUAAUUGAAGAAGCGAUAACCAUACGGUUCGACGGUAGUUGCAGUGUACUACAAUACCGGCCACCGCAAUACGAGGUGUUUCCCCCGGAAAAGGUUGUUGAGAGGGCUAAAUCCCGUAUCGGCGAACAACGUUUUGUCUUCUUCUCUAAUGAUUCGAGUCAUUUCUCGCGCUGGUGUAAGCUGCCACGAAAAAGGAGUCAGUAAAAACUCAGUAAAAAACUCAGUUAAACGAAAAUCUGGAAUGGGCACUCGAUCAUAUAUUUCGAUCACACUUGGUAAGAAUAUGUUCGGAUGGAUGUAUGUACAUAUGUGCGGCAAAGUGAAUUACAUACUGAGUGCUAUAUAAACUGGUAAAUACUAAGAACGAAAUGUGUAUACGCACAUGUUUUGUGUUAGUGUUGGACUUUGAACAAAGCCAACAGUAUGUCAAACAUGACGUACAUUAUGUAUCCUAUGAACUUCUUAAAAGGACCUAUGCUCUUUCUGCUUCCUUGCAUUAAAAGAAGAUGCACGACAGGAAUAAUAAUUAUAAACAAUUUUGAGGAUUUGAAAUAAUGAUUGCCUGGUACUCUGUUUUAGAACUACGGGACACGACUCGACUCCAAGCAGGAACUUAAUAUGAUUGUUUUACUUUCAAAAUGUAUUGCGUUUAAAGCUGCACUCUCACUGAUUGAACGUUUUGACAACAUUUUUAUUUUUUGUCUUGGAACGAGCCAAUUUUUGCGAAAAUCCAUAGAAACCAGUUAUAUAAGACUGCUGACAAAAAAAUAGAUCGCAGAUGUUAAUAUUUUAGUUUAAAAUUUAAUUGAUGUUUUAUGCAUUUUUCUUAAACCGUUACUAACGGUUUAAGCCAUAAAACAUCAAUUUUUGAACGGAAAUAUGAAAAUCUACGGUCUGAAUUUUUGUCAGCAGUCUUUUAUCACUGGUUGGCAGAUAUUUACGCAAAAAUUUGCUCAUUCCAAGCCAAAAAAUAAAAAAAAGUUGUAAAAACGGUUAUUCUGUGAGAGUGCAGCUUUAACUUGAUGUUGGUGUAACAAAAAAGUAACCCUUAUAGAAUAAUUACUGGACAUUAUUGUUUCAUUCUUCUAUACAGAAUUAUUGGCUCUCGAAAUGUAGAACAAUACUCCUCAGCUCCACCCCGCUAAAGAUAAGUGUAUUGUAUUGAUUGUACAUAUGUUUGUAGUAGCACCCUGGUCAUUAUUCUAUGUGAGAUGGGGUCAUUAAUUUGCUACACCGGCGCAGCUAAGGCUUUCUAGUAUUGUUUUAUUUGCUAUUAUUAUAUAGACAUCAGAUCCCAAUGAUGGUAAUAGAAUAUAAUGUAGGCAAGCCAUGCCCGAUGCAUUAUACCGACACGUUUAUAUCCAGUGAUUUGUGGAAUUUAAAUGUUUGCUGAAUUAAAAUAAAUUAAUGCUUGCUUUUGUCUGAAAUAUCACAGUAAGCUAAAAUAGUGCCUUUUAAAGUUAUAUUCGAAAUAAAUGCUCGGUUCCCACGUAUUGUAUUUGGUUAAUGGUUCAGAACCUGUAAACUGAAUAAACAGGUCAAAAUGCGUUACAAAUACAAGUUUUUGCAAUGUGUGGUUUUCCUCUUUAUUUCUUUGUUAUUGAGCGGGAUGAAAUCAUAUCUGCUACACGUCAGAUCCAAAAUACCCAGUUUAUAGUAGUGGUGUGGUUUAAUUUUUAAGGGUUGAAUAUUUAACAAUAAAGUAUUGCACAA